GUAGCUUGACCACACUGUUGAUUUCCUGCUGAACGGUCUGCUGUAGUUUUGCAUUUUCACACCAGUUUCAGUUUUCGUGUUAAACGUCUUCCUGGACGCUGAGAUGGGAAUACAGUGCAGUACAUCUCCAAAGACCGUAGAUUGUCUCUACGACACUGCCAGCCACGCAGGCCUGGUUCCUGAUGCGUCCCUGGACGCCUCACUGGCCUCCCUGCUGUCCCUGAACUCCUCCUGGGCUCUGGAGCAGCAGUACUCCACCCUGCAGAGCGCUAUGACCCGGCAGCAGAGGUUGGCCUUCGACCAUGACCUCCACACCCUCUUCGGAGGAAACAGCACGGUGACUUAUGGGGGUGUGGGCGUUGUUGCACUUGCCCUCUCAGUCCUGUUUGAGAUGUUAGCCCAUCACCAGAUGGCUGCACUGGGCUCGAGGAGUUCUGAGGCUCACCCCUCACCUCCGGACCCCAUACGCAGGAUGUUCGGGGCUGACACCAGGUCGGACAUCAGCUCCAUCGCCAGCGAGUUUCUCAAACAGGUUCCUGGUGCAGCCAACGAUCAGCACAAGAUGGCAACACUGCUGAAGACAUCAGAGAAGAAGCUGCGAUCUGAGCUGAUGGAUUUCUACGAGACGAUGAUGUCACCGGAGUGGAGCGCUCUCAGCUCUGCCGGGGUGAAGCAAUGGAUGAACGGAGCUGCUCUCCACGUCCACAUCCUACUCCACUGGAAGCGUCUGUUCGACCCAUCAGGUGGAGAAGUCUUAAGUCUGGACUACCUGCAUCGUGUUGACCCCCUGCUGAAGGCCUACAGAGAAUAUCUGGUCAAAACGGUUAAAGUGUCUGCGGCGUCCAGCCCCGGCUCCAGUGGGUUGCUCAUAGUGGAGCCUCUGAGAAAUGUGAGCCACGCCGUUCACCACAGAGUCUGCGAACGUAGAGCCAUUCAGCGGACUCUGGUAGAGCGCUUUCUCUCAGACCAGAACCUGCAGAGGGGGAAGGAGUUCUUCCAGAGCUCCCACAAGCACCAUGACGCUCUGAUAGCACAGCAGGAACAUUUUCAGCUGAGCAUGAUGUGAGAACCACUGACAGGCUCUUAUUGAUGAUCCAGAUGUUCAGAAUAAAUCAUAACUUGUAGAUAAACCUACUGUCACUGUUCAUCCUCCCAAAACCCAAAUAAUGGAUAGUUCAAUGGUGUUCAUCAUGUCUUUAGUUUCUGAUAAUGACUUUAGUUGUUCUUUUAUCUCAGACAUGUUAGGAUGUUACCUUGACAUGUUUCGGUGGAAACAUCCGCCUUCCUCAGAAGUGUCACUUGGUGGUGGUUGUGACGCGUCUUUAUCAGCUGAUUGACAGAUCAGCUGAUAAAGACGCGUCACAACCGUCACACCACCGAAACAUGUCAAGGUAUGUGACAUCCUAACAUGUCUGGGAUAAAAGAACAACUAAAGUCAUUACCAAAUAAUAGAUAGUUGCCUUACAAAGCGUUGGGAUGCUUCCUUAAGAACUUGUUUAUACAUACAAGAAUGGUGCUUUAUUAAAUACCCAGCAGGUUCAGAGGCUGUAUCUGACGACUUAAUAAUCAGUGUGAGGAUACUGUAUGCUGUCAUGCAUGAGUCAAAAAAAUAAAAAAUAAAAUAUAAAAAAUA